AUGACCUUUGGAUCUAUAGGGCUUGUGUUCUUUGCUGGUAUGCGUAUAUGGGCAGCUUUCAAAAGGAACUAUCUUGUGGUGGUGGUGGGGCCUGAGGAAUGUGGGCAGAAGACAAAGGAGUUCGAGUACGAGAAGAUGGAGAAAAUGGAAGUUGUGAUGAGUAAACCUGAGGCGCAACAAGGAAAGUGA